AUGACAUCAUGUGGUCCCAUCUCUGUGAUUGGCUGCUGUGUGUGUUUGAGCUCACAGACAUUCAGAGAGUGUGAAAGUCACAGAGCUGCUGCUGAUGAAGAUGGAGGUGUGGGUGCUGCUCCUCAUCCUCUCCUCGGUCCUCUGUGUCUCGGCUGAUGUUUUGUAUGGGGACAACUGGAUUAAUGGCUGUUCAGAUACUGAUGGAGACAGCGUGCUGAUGCUGGAUGAUGAGGUGGUCUGGUACGCCGACUUCAACAAACAGAUGGGAGUCGAUUCUCUGCCAGUCUUUGCAGAUCCGAUGAGCUUUCCAGGUUUCUAUGAAGAAGCUGUGGCUGAUCAGCAGGUCUGCAGAUAUAACCUGAAGGUGACUCGUCAGGCUAUGAAGGACGUUCCCAAAGAACUCGAUCCUCCUUCCAGCCUGAUCAUCUACACUGUACUAAAUGUGGAACUUGGAGUCCAAAACACUCUGAUCUGUCAUGUGACUGGUUUCUAUCCUGCUCCCGUCAAUGUCACCUGGACCAAAAACGAGCAGAAGGUCACAGAAGGAACGAACACCAGCGUUCCCUUCCCCAACAAGGAUGGUUCCUUCAAACAGACGUCCAGACUUCAGUUCAUCCCAAAGCAGGGAGACGUCUACAGCUGCACUGUGGAACAUGUGGCCCUGAUACAACCAAUGACCAAGUUCUAUGCUGUGGUGAACUCUGAUCUCAUUCUUGGACCUGCCAUGUUUUGUGGAGUGGGUCUGACUGUCGGUGUCCUCGGUGUGGCAGCAGGAAUAUUCUUACUCAUCAGAGCAACCGAGUGACUGAUGUUUUAAUAACUCUGAGCAGUUUGUAAUUUGAUUACAUGGAAGUUUUGUUUCUGGUGCAGCUAGCCAGUCUGAUGAACUGCUGCUCUUCAUUGAGUUUACAGGUGUGUGUGUUAUAAACUAAAAAAUUUGUGAGAAGACCAACAGGUGAUGUGGCAGCAUGUCAGAAUGAUUUCAGACCAUCAGUGUGACUGAUUAUUGAUUACAGAGAACGGUGAUCAGAAAGUUUCUCAUGCCAAUAAAGAUUUACUGGUGGAAAACUUGAAAUAUA